UACUAAUCUAGAAAGAACUGCUAGCGUUCAUAGACAAAUGGAACUUUUCUCUGCACGUGUUUGUGACAUUAUGAAUGAAUCUGAUUCAGUAAAGAGACUGAGACUGGAGGUGCCACAUCCUGACUUCAGCUUCCGCGCUGGACAGUGGGUGGAUUUCUUCAUCCCAGGUGUGGAUACAGUGGGCGGCUUCUCCAUUUGUUCGAGUCCUGGCCUGCUGCAGAGAGAGGGGGUGAUUGAAUUGGCUGUUAAAUACACACGCCAUCCUCCAGCACACUGGAUUCACACUAAAUGCUCUGUGGACUCUCCGGUAGCUGUGAGGGUGGGAGGUAACUUCUACUUUGACCCUCAACCUUCUGAGCCUGUGGUGGACCUGUUGCUGAUAGCUGGUGGUGUUGGCAUCAACCCUCUGUACUCCAUUCUGCUGCACGCAGCUGAUCUGCUUAAACACACUCACCUGUGCUACAGCGCCAAGAACACCAAAGAGCUGCUCUUCAAGAACACCAUUAUUGACAUUUGUCAUGAGCAACCAGAUAAAUUCUCCUGCGAUUUCCAUGUUACCCAACAGAGCUCUGACAUAGAGCAGGAACUUCAGCCUUACACCAUAAAUGGAAGGAUAUCAGAAGAGGAACUUAAGCGCCAUGUAGAUCCUGAGCACACGUUGUGUUAUCUUUGUGGCCCUCCUCCUAUGAUAGAGAAAGUGAAUUCAGACCUCCAGAAAGUCGGCCUAUCAGAGGACAGAAUCCUUUUUGAGAAAUGGUGGUAGCUCUACAACUCAGAUAAUCACAGCGAUGGAUGCAUCUGCAUCAUCAUAGAAACAGACUGUAAUGGCAAUGGACCAGUAAAGCCUUUGAGAUCAACAGACGCUAUGUCUGCAUUCUCCACAUUUAAAGGGAUAGUUCACCCAAAAAUGAAAAUUACCCCAUGAUUUACUAACCCUCA